AUGCGCGUGUGGUGCGCGCUUGUACUGCUUAUCAACGCAGUCAACGCGCAAUUCGGCUUAUUCGGUGGCGGCGAAACGCAUCAGCCCUCGUCGCAAAUCGCAGCUUUGGGCGAUCAGUUUGGCGUUCGCGAUGCGCUUGGAGCUUGGAGCAGAGUCUUGAGAAACAUGGCUUCCCGACCGCAUUCGAAAAGGAUUGUUCCACCGGACCCACGCGAGUUCACUAUCGCUCCUAGCGUUAGGCAGGAGGAUUUGAAGAAGAUUCUGCAAGAGAAAAAGGACGGAGAUAAUAUUAUCAACGAACGAUUGCUUUAUUUACUUCUUCCAAGAAUAAAGGGCCAGUCACCUUUUACCACAACUACGCUCCCAACGACUACAACCACGACAACGACGACCACUACCACCACAACGACUACUACGCCCACUACUCCUGCCACGACAACUACAGUACCUCCCACUACCACAGAAAUGCCCACAACCGAAACGACUACUGUAGUUUCUACUACAGUAUCCCCAUCUACAACCUCAGAAGAACCUACCACCCAGAAAAAGGCCAGAAAACAGCAUAAGAAGGCUAAAUGGUCUGAUGAGGACUCCAAAGAAUUUCACUUGGAUAGUUCAGAGCUGGCCAUCCUGGAAAGAGAAUAUUUGAGAAAGUUGGCUCAGCUAAAGGCUGAAAGGAAAGUUCGAGAACAUAAACGCCAGGAUGAGUUUUCAAGUGAUGACGACAAGCAGGAAGAGGAUGAGAAAAGCGAGGAGAGAGCGGAAGUGAGAUUAAUAGGAGAUAUUUUGUUAUUUUAGAA